AUGAUCACAAAAGCGCGCGCGAAAGAAUUAAAGGCAAACCGAACAAAAUAUUUACGCCCCAAGAUAGAAGUGGAGUUACACAUUACUCCGAUAUGCACAGCCGUUGAACUUUUAUCUAAAGAUAAAUAUCGUGACAACAAGUUGUCGUUCGAUGAAUCCAGCCGCCUUUUUCUUGGAAGUCUCAUUCGUGGUGAUCACCUGCAAGGUGACGACCCGCAGCAUCGGAAGGACGCCAGAUCGGAGCGAAAGAAGCUGUCAAAUUCUUACCUGACCAAGCAAUACGUUUGGCCGAAACGUCUGCUUCUGACCGUUCUUGAUGAUAGUCUCUGCGUCCGCGGGACCAGCUUAGGCAUCAAGACUAAAUUUAUGGUACUAAGUUUGCUGGAGUCGCUGUGUGGCACAACCUACGAUAAAAAUGCGCCGACUGUCGGUUUACAAACCUUUUCUGUGGACAGCAAGCUGGUGUUGCCGUUGCAAAGACCGGAAACGAAGAGAAAAUUGCGCCAUUCUGUACUGGCUUAUACAACCGAACCCGUGAGGCAUUUACAGCUUGAUAGAGCAUUGGAACGUACCAUGUCUAUUCUCAACGGAACAAGUUAUAUGUUUAUAUCUAUCUAUCUAUAUAUCUAUCUACCAAUAAUUGUUAAUAUCUAUCUAUAUAUCUAUCUUAGUCUUUUCAUAUAUAUAUCUAUGUUUAUGUCUAUCCAUCUAUCUAUCUUUGUUCAUAUUUAUCUAAGUCUGUUCAUAUCUAUCUAUAUUAGUCUGUUCAUAUCUAUUUCAGAAUGUUUAUAUCUUUGUUCAUGUUUAUCCAUCUAUCUUAAUCUGUUCAUAUCUAUCUAUCUAUCUAUCUAUCUAUCUUAG